ACUCCUGCUCUGUUGUUCAGUACAAAAAAACUGAAGAGGAAAAACCAACACCAACAAUAAAUUACCAAUCAUUUUAUCCAACAAAUACUACAACCAGCUCGGUAUUUUAAGACAUCUGAAUGCGGAGGAACCUCAGGUGUUCGGAGGUCACAUUGUUUGGGUGUUUUUCUAGUUAAAACCAUGUUAGCAUUGCGAGCUAACUAGCGUCUCUUUCGCCUCCUCUUCAUCUUCAUGUUUCAGUCUGCUAGCAGGCUUCUGCUGCAGGCAGCGAGGACAACCAGUUAAUGCCAUCAGCCAGGAACUCAGGUGAUAUUAUGAGUGGGGCUAGUUGUAAAGCUAACGGAGCUGUGUACCCGGCCUCAUCAGCCAUGAUGAACUCUGUGAAGAAGCCGAAGAUGGAGCAGAUCCAGGCCGACCAUGAGCUGUUCCUGCAGGCCUUUGAAAAACCAACUCAGAUAUACAGAUUCCUCCGCACAAGGAAUUUGAUUGCACCCAUAUUUUUGCACAGGACGCUCACCUUCAUGUCUCACAGAAAUGGCCGAACAAAUGCCAAAAGGAAAACGUUCAAAGUGGACGACAUGUUGCAGACAGUCGAGAGGAUGAAAGAAGAGCAGGAUUCUCUAAGUUUAUCUUCACAUCUACAGUUAACCUUCACUGGGUUCUUCCAUAAGGAUGAAAAGCCAUCUCAGAAUUCAGAAAAUGAACAAAAUUCCGUGUCCUUAGAGGUGCUACUUGUCAAAGUCUGCCAUAAAAAACGCAAGGAUGUCAGCUGCCCGAUAAAGCAAGUGCCUACAGGUAAAAAGCAGGUGCCUUUGAAUCCUGACAGUAACCAAACCAAGCAUGGCUCCUACCCCUCCUUACUGGUCUCCAGCAACGAGUUUGAGCCCAGCAACAGCCACAUGGUCAAGUCCUACUCGCUCCUGUUCAGGGUGUCACGCACAGGGAGGAGAGAUACUAAUGGUCUAGUCAACGGAGAGGCCAACGAGAACAUUGAUGUAAUAGAUACUCCUAGUAGAAAGAAGAGAAGUUCAUCCCAUAGAGACGAGGGAGAGACCACAGAGACCUUUGUUGCACAGAUGACUGUCUUUGAUAAGAAUAGGAGAUUGCAGCUGCUGGAUGGGGAGUACGAGGUGUCGAUGCAAGGGAUGGAGGACAGCCCUGUCAGCAAGAAGCGAGCUACGUGGGAAACCAUUCUGGAUGGAAAGAGACUGCCACCAUUUGAGACAUUUUCUCAGGGACCCACAUUGCAGUUCAUGCUGCGUUGGACAGGUGAUGCUAGCGGAAAAUCCACUGCCCCCGUGGCAAAACCCCUUGCCACACGCAACUCCGACAGCUCCAGCCCCAUGGAGACUAGAACCAGCAAUCACCGAGCUGCCCUCAUGACAGUGAAAGAGUCAGUGAGCACAGACAUUCAGACGAGGAAAGAGCAGGUCCUGUGUGAGCCGCGGCAGAAGCUACGUAUAUUUUAUCAGUUCUUGUACAACAAUAACACACGGCAGCAAACAGAGGCAAGAGAUGAUCUUCACUGUCCCUGGUGUACCCUGAAUUGCAGCAAACUCUACAGCCUGCUCAAACACCUCAAACUCUCCCACUCUCGCUUCAUCUUCAACUAUGUGCCUCACCCCAAAGGAGCAAGGAUAGACGUGUCCAUCAAUGAGUGCUAUGACGGCUCAUACGUUGGUAACCCUCAGGACAUCCACAGCCAACCCGGCUUCGCUUUCAGCCGCAACGGCCCAGUUAAGAGGACUGCUGUAACUCACAUACUGGUCUGCAGGCCCAAGAGGACCAAACCGAGUCUGUCAGAGUUCCUGGAGACUGAGGACGGAGAGUUGGAGCAGCAGAGGACCUAUGUCAGCGGACACAACCGCCUCUACUUCCACAGUGACAGCUGCAUGCCCCUGCGGCCCCAGGAGAUGGAGGAGGACAGUGAGGACGAGCGAGAUCCAGAGUGGCUCAGAGAGAAGACCGCCACGCAACUGGAUGAGUUCACAGAUGUCAAUGAGGGAGAGAAGGAAGUGAUGAAGCUGUGGAACCUGCAUGUCAUGAAGUACGGUUUCAUAGCCGACAACCAGAUGAAUCAGGCCAUCAUGCUUUUCGCAGAGAAAACUGGCGCUCACAUCAUCCGUCGCAACCUCUGCCGCAACUUCCUCCUGCAUCUAGUCAGCAUGCACGACUUCAACCUGGUGAGCACGGCCACCAUCGACCGCGCAAUGGCCCGUCUGCGACAGAUCCGAGAGGAGCUUCCGGACGUCGAGGAGGAGGAGCAGGACCAGACUCUGGUACCGGCAGGAGCCUGCAACGGCAACGUCGUCACCUCCGCCGGAGGGAAACAGGGCAAGAGGACAAAAAGCGCACUAACGGAAUGAUGAAGGAUGGAUGGAACAACAACGAUUGUCGUGUUUUUUUGUUUUUGUUUUUCUUCUUCAAUGAACAUUACCGACCCCUUUGGUGCUUAGAUAGGUGGGAGAACUGGUCAGCGGAGGAUGUGACCUGAAGCAGACCAGUAUACAAGGUAAACAAGUUUUUGGAACUUGAGAACUGAACCAAAUAUGAACAAUAUAAAAGUGAAUUACCCACAGUUACACAAUCCAGGAAUUUGAGGACUGGAUGAUGUACGUCAAACCUACUUAAUGUGCAUUUUGUAGGAGCCGCUGAAGUAUCUGUGUUUGGUUGAGAGUGAACAAACGACAGUAUGUCCGUGUUAGAGACAACUGUAUCGAGACUACAGUUCAGACUGUACUGGUAACAUUUGUCACUCUUGAUUAUUUGUACACAUACACAAUAACCUUGUUGAGAACUUAUCUUUUAGCUGAUUAUUUUAGCACUUGGUGUUUGUAUUUAGAAAGCUUACCUUGAAAUUGUCUUUUUUUUUUUAUUAUUAUUAUUCAUGCUGCGCCAAAUGUUAAAUGCAGCGUUUCCACUGUCAUCAGUGGAGAAACUCUAGUGGGUUUUAUUUCACUGUUGUGAAUGACAUUUAAUUUGAAGGGUCUUACCGUUACAGUAAAAAAAAAAAUCCAGACUAUAGGCAUCGAUGUCUAGAGUAUAUAAAGCUUGUGUUAGGACCCCCAAAUGGAUUGUGGGCUUUGCUGGUAGGUUGCCAUGACAAUAGUGAUAUAUAUAUACUGUAAGCUUUGGAUCCUGGACAAGAGCAUAAAUUCAGAUUUGGAUCCAUGCUGAAACUCCUACUUCAUCACCCCUAAGCCUUUCUUGGCCUGCGUUGAUAACGGCUCAAGGACAGCCAGGGAAAUCAACUCUUCAGAAUAUUUUAUUUACUGAAACCACCAGCAGCACAUCACCCCGUGUAUCAUGCUGAGUGCUUAGCAUUCAAGAUAUAGAAGUUUCUGUUCACCUGUAGUUUCUUUUCACUUUGAGGUUCGAACAUAUUGCAAUCACAAUGUUAACCGUGUUUCUUCAACAUGGGUUGUGACUAUUGACAGAAAAGUGUUUACAUCGUGAUCACAUCGAAUGUUUAGCUCUUCUGAAUCCAACAAUUAACAGAUUGCCGUUCUCUCAAAGCAAUAUGCUGUUUAUUAGAUGGUUGGUUUUCAGCUCCAAGUCAGUUUUUCUGGUGCAGUUUAUGCCAAAGGGGAAUAUCUUUCAUCCGUCUCUCUUUAGUUCUGUAUAUUAUUUAGCAUCUUUUCUUUUGUUCAUUCCACAACAAGUUAUUUUAAAAGCAGCAGUAGUUGUGUUUUUUGUAGUGUGCACUUAAAUUGGCUAUCACUCACUGUUUCAUCAGACUUCCCUUGUCGACAACCAAAUUAACAAUAUAUUUUUUUCCUCCCUCCACUAUUCAUGGAAGGUUUCUGUAUUCAUCUGGAAAAAGGGAGACAUAUUCACCGUUAUUGUCAAAACACCCUGUGAAAAAUUGUGAACUGUACACUCUGGCUAGGGGGACUUUUAUAUUUAAAGAAAUAAAAUACAUUUGACCUUA